CUUAUAUUUUCUAAGACAGGGGACAGCAGUAGGGUUUUGCAGACUCCAGCAGAGAGAUUGUGUUUAAUAAUUCAGGAAAAGAUCAAACCACGCGAGAUUUACAGAGACGUGGCAGCGUGAUGAACGGCGGUCUCACGGCGGAGGCGGCGGCCCAGCUGCAAGAGGGAAUUAAUUUGGUGCUUUCUCGGUGGGCUGCCCUCCGGAUGGCCGUCGAGAACGAGUGGGGAGGCCGUGACUCGCUGCAGAAAUCCCAGCAGCUCGGCAACCAUCUGUUUCAUCUUCUCACCCAAUCCAAAGAGCAAGUAUACAUUGAUGAUUUAGAGGACAUGCUUGAUGAAUUCAUGCUUUCUCUCAAUACUGAGAUAGGAGAUGGCAGCAUUGAGGAGAUAGCAGAGAAAAUGAUGGUAAUGCAUGAAGAAUGUUUAGAAGGUAAUUUUGACACGAUAAAGAGGUUGAAGGAAACAAAUACUCCGAAUGUCUCUUACAUCAGACAGCCUGGCAGCAAUGAUGAGGAAGAUAGUGAAGACGAUGCUGGUGAUGAUGCAUUAAAAGAAGAGUCAGAAAUGGAAGUCGAUGCUCUAGACAAUGAACCAAGUCUCAAUCAAAGGGAGCGGAUGGCAGACGAACCAAGUGAGAAAGAAGCACCUGAUGUUGUAGAUGGAUGGACUGUAGUAUCCAACAGGCGUAAUAGAGGAGCAACAUUGAAGGAUAUGAGUCUCCUCACAAAGAGAGAUUGGAGCAAAAACAAUAAAGAAGCUAAGGAGUCAACUCCUUUGAAGCCUGCAAAAAGAAAUAUGUGUGACUACUGAUGAAUUAGAGUUUUGAAACUGAUUGUGUAUGUACAAAAAUCAAUGU